CUUUCCUCAGCCUAUCCCAUCCACCUAUUCUCGUCUCCUCACUCCAAAACAUCUGCGAUGUCCUCUCAGUCGCAAUCCACCUCGUCCCCGCUCUACGAUGUCAUUGGACUCGGCUUCGGGCCCGCGAACGUCGCCAUAGCUGGGGCUAUCAUCGAGAAGUGGGGGCAGCCUGGGACCACCUCCAGCCAUGCGCCUCUUCAGCAGGUCCUUUUCAUUGAGAAGCAGCCCGAGUUCCGAUGGCACCCCGGCAUGCUCUUGCCCAACUCGCGGAUGCAAAUCAGCUUUCUCAAGGACCUCGCGACUCUGCGCUCCCCGGAGUCCCCGAUCACGUUCCUUGCGUAUCUCCACUCUCAGGGCCGCCUCCUGAGCUUCAUCAACCGUGGUAGCUUCACGCCGACGAGGCGAGAAUACUCCGACUACCUCGCUUGGGUCGCCGACUACGUAGAAAAGCGCGGCAUCCAGGUGCGGUACGGCGAGGAAGUCGUCGGCGUCUCGCGUCUCGACGACGGCACCGUUGAGGUCCGCAGCCGCAACGUUGCGACUGGGGAGGAGUCCUCCAGGCGUUCCAAAAAUAUCAUCCUCUCCCCCGGCGGUACCCCUAAGCUCCCGCCGGCGCUCGCCGUCAUCGCACCCCAUCCCCGCGUAAUCCAUAGCGCCCAUUAUUUGUCCGCCGUCGAUGCUUUCUUCGCCUCGCUCCCGCAAACUUCGGAGCCGCUGCGCAUCGCGGUGAUCGGCGCGGGGCAGUCCUCCACUGAAGUUCUCCUGGACCUGUACAACCGCCUCAACGCGCUCCCGGCCUGCAGCGGGGGCAAGCAUGAGCUCGACAUGAUCUUCCGCAAGGGCUCGCUGAAGCCGAGCGACGAUACCCCGUUCUCCAACGAGAUCUUUGACCCGGAUGCCACGGACAUGAUGUUCGGUCUUCCGUCGAAGCGCGACCGCCAGGCCGUCCUCCGCGAGUACAACCCCACCAACUAUAGCGUCGUCAACAUGAGGACCAUCGAUAACCUGUACGAAGUUAUGUAUCACCAAAAGCUACUUGACGGCAUGAAGGCCCGCACUGGACGAGGAGAGGAUUCCGACCGCGCCCGUAUUACCUUGCAUCCUUAUACCUCCAUUUUCGCUGGGGAGAUCGUCACCGGAGAGGCCGCCGGGCCCGGCGCCUCCGAGGCGGUCCGCUUGACCCUCCACGGCCUCCAUACCCACGGCGUGUCCCAGAAGACCUACAGCGGCGUCUUCUGCGGCACGGGCUACGACCGCGACUCCUGGAUGAAGCUGCUCGCAUCCUCGAACCUCGCCGACCACCUCGGCGUCAAGUCCACGCCCAUCGAGCUCGUGCCCGAGUCGGAGCCCGCGGAGCCCAUCCCCACGUCACUCUUCGCCGACAUCGAAGACGCUGGCGUGAUCUCCCCUGUCUCCUCGCGGUCGACGGACGGCUUCUCGACGCCGCCGACGCCCGCCACGCCGCAAUCGCAGCAUUCCAAGCUCAACGUGGAGACCCAGCCGUCGAAGGUCCGCAUCACGCGCAACUACCGUCUGCUCGCGCCCGCGGCGGGCAAGAGCGAUGCCGAGCUCGCGGGUGAACCUCGUAUCUUCCUGCAGGGAUGCACGCAGUCCACCCACGGACUGAGCGAGUCCCUGCUCAGCAUCCUGGGCGUCCGUGCGGGUUCGGUAGUCGACGAGCUUUGCGGGGCGCAGUAGAGUAGUGACGAGUUAUCCUUAGGCCGGCUUCAGCGGGGCCAUACUUCUGUCUGUCCAGAACAAGUACUUGUAUAGUUAAUUUCAGCGGAAACAUGGGCAUUUGAACUCUG